AUGGCCACCCAAGAUCAUGAUCAGGAAAUAAGUCUGAGACUCCGCAAACACUGCCGUUACAAUCUCGAUACAAUCAAGGAUAAAAUACGCCAGCUACAGACCGACCAUAUCGACCAACACGAUGCCCAAAAUGCGGGCGUCCAACAUCGCCCAAUGUCGCUUGAAUCUCAGGCCGAGGCACCCUCCUUUUUCAAUGCAUGCACAGAGGAAGAAUGCUGGUUUCAGCCCGAUGACGAGGGCUCGGAGUAUCCAACCUAUAAUCCCGAGUCGGAGGACCAACUGAACACGAUGGGACUUCAUUAUUACCUGGAUAGCUACCUUGGCGGCACAUGGUCAGCGGACGAAAACAAGCUUCCGAGUUCUGUACACAAAGAAAGGCCAGACCUCCGUCUGAAGGACCUUUACGAACUUCCCAGUGUCGACGGCCACUCGUGGCAGGCGUCUCUCACAUACAUUGCACGACGAGCCGCCGAUUAA